CCCUGGGCCACGCCAUCCUCGUAAGCUUGACGAUAGCUUUGCUGUAUUAACUAAACGGGCUACAUAAAGUAUAUGCCUAUGCUGUCUCAUCAAAUACCUCAAUUCACAGGUUAUUUAGACAUUGACGGGCGUUGACAGAGCUCGCAGGAGUUUCGACAGUAUGGAGCCCACGACUCUACCGGACCGAGUAUUGAAGCGCCGCGCUCAGAAUGCCUCGGCCCAGCGCAUCUAUCGUGAGAAGCAGAAGAAAAAGAUGCAGAGGCUUGAGGCCCUGACCAUCGCAGCCUUGGCAUCGUCUAGCUCACCAUUUACGGGAGACGCGUUCGAUAUGAAUAAUCAUGAUCAUGAAACAGCAGAGCAAAACCUCUUACAGUCACCAACGCUUGUGCCCUCUGAGCAGCCGUUGAAUCCGGCACACUGCUUAAGUCUCAUAGACCAGUAUCGCCACCAGUCAAACAAGGGACAAGUCACAAUCUCCGGGCUACCUGGCCACGCAGUCCUAUCUCUAGACUUAUUUCCGCGCAUCCACGCGCUCUUGACCUCAAUUACACCGCGCGAACGCCGGACAUUCCAAGCCGUCACCAUUCGCGAGCGCUUCGGCAUCCGCGACAUAAUCAAGUACGGGCUCAUCAAGCUCGGCUACGCCAUGAAUCCGCUUCUUUUCGAGAACGCGAAGCAUGCAUCCACGCGCGCCUGGCUCGGACAGGUCCGUGCCGUUAUCGGCGACGACGUCGACAUCAUGGCCGUCCUUGCCGCAGGCGUGAAACUGCUCGCGAGCCUCCCGAUACCGUCGUCGAUAUUAUGCGACGAUUGGGAUGAUAAUGGCCGUCGCGGCGAUGAAGAAGAGGUAAUGCGGCGCAUUGUGUUUUCACCUCGAGAGUCCAACAUGCUGAACAAUCGCGUCACGCUCGCGACGGUGUCCCUUGGUUCAGCGUUCUUCGCUAACGCGCUGAUGCUCGGUAUCCCGAUCCCGAGUAUGAUGGACUAUGAGGAUGUCGUCGUGCCACCGCAAGCGCUACUAUGCACGAAGCCGGACUUGGUUCCAACGGCAGCGCAGCUCGCCAUCCCGCACCAUCCGAGCUUCGACGUGAUUCCGUGGCCGGCGUUCCGGUCGAAUGUGUGCCUUGCACUGGCGCACAAUCCGCCCCUUGUCGACGACGAUGAGCUCUGUCUCGAUCUGAUGAACGAUGGCGUCAGAUGCUGGGGCUCGGUGACAGUCGAUUCGAUGCAUGGGCGUGGUCAGGGCGCGCCCUGGGACCAGAGGAGCUGGGAAGCUGCGCCAUGGUUCCUGGAGAAAUGGAAGAUGUUGACUGAUGACGAUAUGUGGCGGAAUAGCGAGUGGUGGAGGAAUAUGCGUGGUUGAAAUGGAAAUGGAUUAUAAUAUGAGGCUAAUCAAUACAUGAAAGAGCAGGCGAGACUCGUAUCCGUGGGCGUGGCCUCUCACAUUAAUAACAGGUGGAGGUAGUUCUACCUCUUGCCAGAAUACUGCCCGGUCUCGAUCCUUCGAUAUCAUAGGAACGGCUCUACCUGUUUCUCAGCCCAUUCCCAGUACUUUUGCCCCAGCGCCUUCUCACACAAAUCACUUCGAGCCUUGAGCAAUUUUCCAUACGGA